CAGGUAUCGGGCUCCCGCUGCUUGCUCUAGUUGUGUACAGCCCAAGGCCUUGGAGCACCUAAGUGAGGCGAGGACGAGGACAAUGGGGUCGAGCAGGCUUUUGCUAGUAGAGGCCAUCGCCGUCUUGGCCCUGGUUUGCUUCCACGUCGGCGGAGCGAGGGGUUUUAGCAUUGGCAGCAUUUGCAAUCCGCUCCUGUCGGCUCGGGGCCCGUGGAUAAGUGGUCAUUCCACCUUCUACGAUGACCAUGGUCGCGGCGGAGCUUGUGGAUAUGGGGCACUCGGAAGUCAGCUGUAUGGGACCCGAUUUGCUGCGGGUUCGCCGAGAGUGUACUUGGGAGGAUUGGCGUGCGGAAUGUGCUUGGAGGUCCGAUGUGUCGGCAGCAGAGCCUGCAGACGCUCUAGCGUCCGUCUCACGAUCACCGACUUGUGCCCCCCUGGCUACCCCAACACGCAAUGGUGCGGUGGAGGAAAGCUUCACUUGGACAUCGGCAAAGACGCUUUCCCCAUCAUCGCGGACCCGAGGGCGGGACACGUUCCGAUCCAAUUCCGCAGCGUGCCUUGCGCACCCUACAAGGUCCUGAAGCUGAAUCUGAGAGGCCACAGGUGGUGGCUCGAGGUCACGGUGCUGGCCAUUCCCGGGAGCGGAAGAGUAUUGAAGAUGGAGGUUGCCGGGAAAGGCGGUCGCUGGGUGAGCCUGAAGCGCGCAUUUGGAGCUGCUUGGUCCACUGCAGGGUCGACUCUACAGACGCCUAUCUCAGUCCGUAUUUCCAUAUUCGGAAAGUUUUGCAAGCUCAUUGCCAAGGACUGCAUCAAGGGACAGAUCUAUAACGGAAGGCAGCUUAGCUGCGCAUACACCGUCGGAUACUGAGAAACACCGCCCCGGCUGGCCUCCGCUGCCUGGUUUUCUCCCUCAUCACCUGCGAUUCGUUCAUUUCACUUUUCGGUUUUAGUCUUUUCUAUGUGUGCUCACAAAUAACCGCACGUGGUAAGCGAGAAUAGUGUGGCUUCCAUAUAGUCGAGGUUGGUUUCCUUGGUCGAGGCUCUGGAUUGCCUCUAGUUAGCUGGUGAGAGGGAUGAGGUGCUGCUAGGGCAGGAGCAGAGGAUUGCCUGCCGGAGGUCUACCUAUGGAGGCAUGAUUUAAACGAGGAACUGUAUUCUUGUAGCAAAAGUGGAAUUGUGUUUUUGACACUGCUUGUAGAAAAAGGUUCUAAGGUUAGCGAGGGAGUAAAGCAUCCAUGUUAGU